GGGCAGGUCAGGCGUUCUUGACAGCCUAACAACCGUGCUGUCACCAUCGCCAUUGGCACCCAAAUGCCCGCAUCUCCCUAUUGCAAGUCUAUUGAUCACUACUUUGAUAAUAUUACCAAGAAACUCUCUAAGUGAUCUCCUUUGCCCUGCCCGACUCGAUCACUCAUCAUGGCGAGUCGCGAGUCACGUCUUGUGGCGGCUUCAAAACUGGAAACCGAGUUCUUCCCUAGGCACAAGAAACACAUACUUCCCAAUCCUAACUCGAGUCAACUGCCAGCAGUGGAGCAGGUUUGGGAAGUUGACUCAACGAUAGGACACGGGAAAUUCGGUGUCGUGCGGCUUGAACGAUGCCGUACGUCAAGCCUGCAUCCUGAUCCGUCAUGGCCGGAUCAAUUGCGUGCCGUCAAAGAGAUCAGCAAGCCGGCUGCGACUAGUCAUCGAUGGGAUUACAUGAAAGAACUGGAGGCCACCAUCAGAUUUUCCUCGUCUCAAUAUGCCCCCUAUUUCGUCCGCUCGCACGGUUGGUUUGAGAAUCACGAAUCUAUCUUCAUUGCCAUGGAGUAUUUCUCUCUUGGGGACUUGAAACGUUUCAUGGAUGCCCAACCUAGAUUCUCUGAGGAAGCAACUCAGCAGAUUGUUCGCCAGUUGCUCAAAGGUAUACGAUUCAUGCAUGACAACAAUUUUGCACACAGAGAUCUCAAGCCAGGUAAUAUCCUCGUAGCAGCCAACUCACCUCGCUGGGUGGUAAAGAUUGCAGACUUUGGCAUUAGCAAACAGUUCAUGGAAGGGGGCACGAACCUGCAGACACAUGUCGGCACGUCGCUUUAUAUGGCCCCUGAAGUUUGGGAAGCAAGAGAGGGCACAAACUACUAUUCAGUCUCCGUCGAUAUUUGGGCGAUCGGCAUAAUUUCCGCCGAGUUGUUGUUGAAGGAGCACCCAUUACCUUCCCUUCUUGAGCUCGCCAAUCUCAUCCAAGGUCAUAAACCAUUGAUCACCGAUACUGAAAAGGGCCUAGUCCUUUCGGAAGCCUAUAGGGACUUUGUCCGAAAACUAUUAAAGAUCGAUCCAUUUGUGCGAUUAACAGCAAGAUCAGCUCUUCAACAUCCAUGGCUAGAAGAAGAAAUCCCAGAUUCGGAGGACGAGGAAUCGCUUUUCGUAACAGAUGUCAUCCCUCCACGGAAUUCGUUACAGCAACAACAGCAUAGUGUAUCACAAAUCUCCCUGCCUUCAUUGGCGUGGUCAAAUCUACGUUUAACGGACGCUAGAUCGGCGACACAGUCUACAGAGAACAAUCUUCUCGACACCUAUAGUGGUCCAAUACUUGAUUCACGCCUCCUACUCCCUAGCCUUCAAAAUUUGUCAUUGGAGACUACUCGAUACUUUGUCUUAAGGUCAGACAACCCAAUCGACAUCGAAACCAGCGCCGCUCACGACGUCUGGACUUCGAGUCAAAGAGUCAACAAGAUUCUAGACAAGGCAUGGGAGAGGACUGACGGCCAAGUACUUUUAUUUUUCUCGGUCAUUAAGAGUCAAAAGUUUUGCGGGAUUGCUCAGAUGACGAGUGCCAUGGAUUGGGCACAUACGGACGACCACUGGUUAGAAGAUUCGUGGAAAGGACGAUUCACACUUAAUUGGCUUUGUUUAUCGGAGCUACCCUUCGAAGGGGUAAAGCAUGUGCCCGUGAAGAGCACCACGCCGGGGUUUCGCGCCAUCUCAUGUUAUGACGGGACUGAAAUCAGUGCACCCUCGGCAUUCGAGCUACUAAAAGCGUACACAGCCAGAGACCGAGAAGUAUCGCAGAUCUAUUCACCACCUCCCACGAUAAACCAUAUGGACAUCGAUAGCGUUCCAUCGUCUUCGAGAUUCGCCCCUUCGAUGGAACAAGACGUGAUGCAUAGUUUUUUGCCUCAGUCUGAUGGCCAAUCAACGAAAGAUAGAGGGCAUGCAUUCUUUUCCCUUUCCGGGUUCAGUACCAUGUUGAGACCACAGAGAUGAUACCGCUUUCUAAAGACCGGACGACAAGCGCUUCAGAUCACUCCAAUAAGGUAUCGGGAUUGGAUAACCAUUAACGUUAAGUUUACGAAGAAGCAUAAUUAGGCGUUUCUUAGGCUUAUCAUAACAGCAGCAUGUAUAAUGCAGUGCAUGUCUCAUAUUACUUAAAUUACUUACAUAAUUAGUUAUAGCUUCCUAUAAAUGCUUUAAGAUGGUCGGCGACUCGACUCAUGGCCCACGCCGUCGCCAGCUAACGACAGGUCAUGGUUAGGGGGAUUAAAAGUCAGUGAACUUUCAGGCUGGUAUGGCAGCAAUUCGCUUAAUUAAAGCGCGAGAGAUCUACGCAGACAGUUACAUCGGCUAUGUCUACUAGUCAUCUUGAUAUGAGCUGAAGGGUCAUCCAUCACGGCGAUUAUUAUAUCAAUAAAAUGAAUAAGGGGUGAUGGUUACUGAAUUCCUCAUCAUACUUAGCCACAGUCAAUCUCACCUCCGUGAGCCCAGAACAU